CAUGGAGACGGCGGCCGACGACAAGUCGCGGGUGUGCUGGUGCUGGUGCUGAGCGUCUUGGUGCGGCCGAACGAGUGCGUUGGUCCGAGUGGACGGUCCGUCGCGGGUGGGCCCAGUGGGCAGCAGUGCUUCAGUCUCGUCGCCGACGACGAUGAGGGCGAUGGCGUGAUGCGAAGCUGCAGGGGUUGGAUAAAAAAGAAACGAUGCUGCCGGACCUGACGUAGCCUGCCCCCCUUGACGCAGCCAUGAAUCUGCUGAACAUGGACGCGGAGAACCGCGUCGUGCUCAACGUCGGCGGCAUCCGCCACGAGACGUACAAGGCCACCCUCAAAAAGAUCCCCGCCACCAGGCUGUCGCGACUCACCGAGGCCCUGGCCAACUACGACCCUAUUCUCAACGAGUACUUCUUUGACAGACAUCCCGGCGUCUUCGGACAGGUUCUCAAUUAUUACAGAACCGGCAAACUGCAUUACCCCACAGAUGUGUGCGGCCCCUUGUUUGAGGAGGAGCUCGAGUUCUGGGGGCUCGACGCUAACCAGGUGGAACCGUGUUGCUGGAUGACCUACACGCAGCAUCGAGACACGCAAGAGACCUUAGCGGUGCUAGACAGACUAGACCUGGACACGGACAAGCCCAGCGAGGAGGAGAUGGCGCGGAAAUUUGGCUUCGAGGAGGACUAUUUCCGGGGCACUGUUUCCUGGUGGCAGAGAAUGAAGCCCAACAUUUGGUCCCUCUUUGACGAGCCUUACUCAAGCACGUCCGCAAAGAUCGUGGGCCUGCUGUCUGUUUUCUUCAUCUGCGCGAGCAUCAUCUCGUUCUGCCUGAAGACGCACCCUGACAUGCGGGUGCCGGUGAUCAGAAACUUCACAGUGAGCACGUCGUCGAAUACUUCAGCGUGGAUGCUGGACAAGACGCAGACGAACGCGCACGUCGCCUUCUUCUACAUCGAGUGCAUUUGCAACGCGUGGUUCACUUUAGAGAUCACGAUGCGGUUCGUGUCGACGCCGAGCAAGUGCGUCUUCAUCAAGUCGAGCGUCAACGUGAUCGACUACAUCGCCACCCUGAGCUUCUACGUCGACCUGAUCUUGCAGAAGUUCGCCAGCCACCUGGAGAACGCAGACAUCCUCGAGUUCUUCUCCAUCAUCCGCAUCAUGCGACUCUUCAAGCUCACCAGACACAGCUCGGGCCUCAAGAUCCUCAUCCAGACGUUCCGCGCCUCCGCCAAAGAGCUCACGCUGCUCGUCUUCUUCCUUGUCCUCGGCAUCGUCAUCUUCGCCAGCCUCGUCUAUUACGCAGAGCGCAUCCAGGCAAACCCGCACAACGACUUCAACAGCAUCCCGCUGGGACUGUGGUGGGCCCUGGUCACCAUGACCACCGUCGGCUACGGCGACAUGGCGCCAAAGACCUACGUGGGCAUGUUUGUGGGGGCGCUGUGCGCCCUGGCUGGUGUGCUCACCAUCGCCCUUCCUGUGCCUGUCAUCGUCAGCAAUUUUGCCAUGUAUUACUCUCACACCCAAGCACGCGCAAAACUGCCGAAGAAGCGAAGGCGAGUACUUCCAGUUGAACCUUCCCGGGGGCCGCGGUUGCCCGGGGCUCCCCCAAUCCCGGGCUGUCCCGGCGGGGGUCCAGUGCUGGGCGGGGUCCCUUGUGCGGGCGGAGGUCGCGGGGGCGGGAAUCAGGGGGGUGGCGUUGUCGGCCUCGGGGGCGGUCCCGUGGGGGUUGGGGGCGUCGGAGGCGUCGUCGGAGGCGGCGAGCCGCAAAACCGCCGCAUGAACGCCAUUAAGCAAAACCACCCGAAAGAGGCGCUCGGCCACAAAAUCGUCGGGGGCGCUACAACGAGUGCUAACGGCGCGCCGGACCUGCCGGGCUGUUCCUCUUCUUCCGGACCACUGCCGCCCCUCCGAGCAGCCGCAGGACGCCAGCUGCCCCUGGACUCGGACUCGGACCGUCGCCGCUGACUCUUUUUGUGAUAAUAACCAAAGUGAAAACAACUACUACAGUGGACUCGGAACGAGCUGUUUGUUAUUUCCCGCAAAAUCCGUUCUUUCGGUGUGUGCUUGCGUUCGCAUUUUUCAUCAUUGUUAUUGUUUCCUCGACGCCGCGAACAGAACAAAAAGAAAAAUAUGUAACUCAGAGAGCAAUGACAAAUCAAUCGAAAGCAAAUCUGACACGCUUUACAUUGAGAGAGACCACGAAACACACUAUGACGUUAUUUAUUGUUGUACUAUGAUGUGCACCCAAAUUGGCAAUAAUAACCCGCUGAGAUUGUAAAAAUUGAGAAAAACACACAUACAAAAACAGGUGGGAGUCUCUGCUUCUCGGCGAUUGCUUAUUAAAGUGUAUUUUUUUUCAAAUGAUUAAGCUCAAAACGAUAAACGAGUGAAAUUUUCAAUUACAAAUUUGGUGUUAACUUGUUGCAAACCGUCGUUGCAGGAAACAUUUGAUUUUUCAAACAUACAUUUUUUUAAAUUUAAUAUUCAGAGACUUCUGCCUAAAAACACUUAUUUUUUUGUUCUAAAAAAAAUCAAUGAUAAUUACAUUGAACAGAAUCUUUGACUCGAACGCUUUUUGGAAUUUCCUCGCGUGGAGUUUGUUGUUUAAAAGGAGAGGACCGAAGUCGCUUUCCUCUGCAUCGGCCAAUUCGGCCGUCGGUUUCUGUCCAGUAUUAAGAGAUUUUAUUGUUACACAAUUUGAUUCGCGAAAGUUAUACAAAUAUUGUAACAUGUAUCGAUUACUGCAUAUUGUACUGCUAACAGGAAGAAGUCAAAUCCAUCGAAUCUCACACGUUGUAUCGAGAUUUACCUAGGGUACAUAUUCAUGAUUAACGAGACACGCAUAAUAUUAUAUCCUGCUGAUAAUAAGCGAGGCCGCCUAGUGACUGUAGCGUGGUUGAGCGAGCAAGACGACAAGAUUUUUCAAAUUAAACACAAAUAUGAAUUUAAAACUUACAAUAAAACAAAAUCAGCGUAGCAGGCGAGAGUUUUAAAAAUGGGAACAAAGUUUUUACUCAGAGACGUGUGUGAGUUCAUAAGUAUUUGCUGCAUCAUAAUUCUCUCUUUAUAUGCGCAGGUUACUCAAAAAUCACAUAUUAUAUAUUCGGAAUUCUCAUUCUAAAGGUCUUGAAAUAUUUUUAGCCACGUAAAUCAAUUUAAAGAUAAAUAAAAAAAAGAUUAAAAUUAUAUGAGGAAAUAAAGCGUGUUGAAAUAAACUUGAAUAAAUUGAUUUCAAUGAUAAAAUGUAGACCAGCAUUAUAGCAUAUCCCAGACAUAUUGUAUUUGAAAGCAGGGUUGGCGAGAGAAGGGCGAAACUACGAAGGGUGCCGGCAACCCUUUUUCGUAUUUAACAAUUUAAAAUCACAUAUAUUUAUAAAACUUGUAGAUUACAAAAACAGUCAGUGGCCGAUUUGUGUUCGCCUCCAACUCAAAUGAGUUUUGAAUCUUUAAAUUAGGUCUGAUUUUUAUUUGUGUCGAGUGCACAAAAUUUUGACUAUAUUUUAUAAAUCAUUUCCUUGAAUCUCUUUACAAAUCCAACGAGAAGAAAAGAACGCGAUCCUUGUGCUUUUGAUUAUUCUCUUCUCACACUCAUUUUGAAAGGAGAGGUGCUCAACUUUUGUUUGUUUAAUAGAUAGCUUAAUAUCUCGCUUUCCUUCAUUUAAAUGGAAAAAAAUAACACUGAAAGUACAUAAUAGUAUUUGAUAAAAGUGCUGGAUGCGCACUCUAAUUUUGGUUCUCGACGUAACAAAUGGACGUAUUUAAAUUGUUUUUUGUAGAAAUUUGAAUGCAACCCAAACACAAAACAUCGCACACAAACGGAGAAGAAUAAAUUAAAGCCCGCCCGCGCUCGUUAAAUUUGUACCACGUUUUAUAUGAAUGAAAAUUUUAAAGAUGAGAAGACUUUGAUUGCCUGAUGCUAUUGAAGGGGUGAAUGCGUUUGUUGUGCAAAGGACCAAUUAUUAGUAAAAUCGCCAUCAACUUGUAAAUUUGACAAGCUAUAAAAUAUUGAAAUUUUCCUCUAUAGGAUUAAAAAUAAAAAAGGUGCAUGCAAGUUUGUAGCAGGCGUGUGGCCAUUUUCUAAUUGAUAAAAAAAUAUCGCUUCUUUUGUAGAUAAUUUAAGUGAAUAUUAUAAAAUGCGUGCGAAUUUAUUGAAUUCUAAAAGCAGAGCGUCUGAGAUGAAUUAAAUAUACAUGACUAAUCGCAUUUAAUGAGAAUUAUUGUUCUACUUCUCGCUACGCGUGUGAUUCACUCUCCGUACUUCAUCAAUACUCCCUAACGAAAGUUGCAUUUACGCUAUGAAACAAUAACAAAAAGAAAAUUAAAUAACAAAAGUUUUAUCUCUCGUCUCUUAUUCACGAAAAAAGAAAUCUCUCACAGUAUAUCUGAAUGCAAAUAUAUUAAGAAUAAAAUCUUGCAUCUCAUGAUAAAACUUGAACAAACAUAACAUUGUAAAUAAUUUGGGUGUUAGAAAAUAUGUAAUUUUGCUACUACUUGAAUCCAUCAUCACCACAAAAAGCUGUGUAAUGAUUUCCGAAAAUAAAAACAUGUUACAUUAAA